AUGACCAUUGCUUUAUCCGCAAAGAACAAAAUGGGUUUCGUCACGGGAGAUAUCCCGAAACCCCAAUCAACCGACGCCACAUAUGCCCCAUGGGUUCACGUCAACAACAUGAUACUAUCAUGGAUCCUAAAUUCCAUCCACCAAGAUCGUGUCCCAACGGUGUUGUACAUGGAAUCUGUUGCGGAAGUAUGGACUGAUCUUCGUGAACGUUUUUCACCAUCUAAUGGUCCUCGCAUAUUUCACCUCGAGCAGAAAAUAUGCACUCUUGAACAAGGUGAAGACGACAUCACUAGGUAUUACAACAAUUUGCAGCAUUAUUGGGAUGAGUUGAACAAUUUGGAACCCUUGCCGAAUUGCUCUUGUGAGGCAAGGACAUUGUUUGUGACGCAACUUGAGAAUCGACGUCUUUAUCAAUUCUUAAUGGGUUUAAACCCAAAGUAUUCAAAUGUGGUCAGUCAAGUUCUGCUCAUGAAUCCAUUACCCACUAUUGCGAGGGCCUACUCACUUACUCUUCAAGACGAAUCUCAACGCCAUGUUCACUCGACUCGUUCCUCUACCGAGAACACACUAUUAACAUAUGGUUCAAUGCGAAAUAUCCCACCUCAAACGGAUUUGUCACUCUCGGCUCCGUCCCAUAAGCACACUGAGAUAGCUUCUGCUCACCUUGCAAAACGCGACCCUCCAUCACGUGCCCGUGAACGUUGUGCCCAUUGCGAUAUACCAGGCCAUUCCCGUGAUGUUUGCUUCCGCCUCCAUGGAUUUCCCGCUAAUUAUAAGGAACGACGUCGUGACCGGCCCCCUACCAAGCCCUCCGACAACAAGCCUGUCACCAAUCCCGAGAGCUCCUCUUCCGCACCUCCACCACCAUUCACCAGUGAACAAUAUAAACAAAUCAUGCGAUUACUCCAAGAGGUAAACAAUCCCAAGGCAAAUCUCACAGGACCUCUCGAUGAAGAAGAUCAUUGGUCGGGGCCUUGA